AUGCCAAUUAGGGUGGCAACGCGUUUGGACUACAGCAGCUGGUAUCGUGCAUUUCAGGCAGAAGCUGGGAGGGAGCAAUGCCAGAAAGCCAAGGACAAGGAGAACCUCGAGCUGGGCGCGGCCACUGCCGUCGUCGCCCUGGCUGUGCUGCUGGGCUGGCUCUGCCUCCCCCAGGAGGCUAAGCACCCAGGGAAUGUGCGCUUCAUCGUCUCGCUGUUACUGUCCUUCGCCACCUUCCUCAGCGGCAACGCCCUCAUGCUGCUCAGCCUGAACUUGCUCGGGCGCCUCCGCGAGGACCUUGUCUCCGGCUCCCAGCGCGCCGCCUCCAAGUGCACGCUCCUGCUCGUCGCCUGCGCCGUGCUCUCGGUGCUGACUCUGCUCAGCGUCAUGGUGGCGCUCCUGCCCGGCAGGGUCUACCGGUACAUCGGCCUUGCCGUGGUCGUGGCGGUCCUGCCGCCGGCCGCCGGGGCGCACUGGUACCUGAGGCGCCGUGCUGGCGGUGGCGGCGUGGAAGCGGCGUGCGCGGAGGACAGGGAGGAGCUGGACGCCGCGUCCAAGAUCACCUCCUCGGUCACCAACUCUGCGUUUGGCGGCCUCAUCGGCGUCCUCUUCAGCGCGUCCAAGGCGUCCAGCGCGGUCAGCAGGGCCGCCUACGUCUCCACCUUCCUCGUGUUCGCCACCUCCAUCUCUGGCAUGUUCGUGAUGACGGUGUCGAAGAAGGUGCCGGAGAUCACCAACCUGCGAUUCCGGCGGUUCCUCGUCGCGGCGAUCAAGCUCGCCAACUGCGUCCUGCUUUGCCUGCUGGCCUCGGCGGCCUUCGCCGCGGCCUUCGUGGUCCUGGGUAUCACAGCUGUUCUCUGCUUGCUGCUCCAGUACUGCGUCGCCAGCCAUGGUCAGCGCGGCAGCAGGGACAACAACCCGCGGGAGCAGGAGAACCAGGAGGCUCGGGUCAAGGCAUCGCACUGUUCGCUGCCACGGCCGUGGCUGCUUACGGGGCAGAGGUUUGGAGGUCCUGAACAUACGGCCAGGCAACCCACAGCGUGCGUCCUCCCAGUCCCCACUACCAGGCCGGCCAGCGUAAUUGUGUCGCCGACUCGCCGUGGUAAUUGUCCACUUUCGCUGGUUGCUCAGUUGGGCGAGAUAGGUUAAUUCUUUUUUUUUUUUUGCAACCAUGCUUGCAAAUUUAUUUGCAUUGGGUUGACUUUCGCCUUCCGGUGCAUAGGUGUAGACAUUCUUUCACCUAAUACUGAAAGUAACAUUCUUGUGUUGGGUUGCCACUUCCCUUGCCAUCUGCAAAUGCCUUAUUAGUGUCACGACCCAGGAGUGAGUAGACGCGAGUGAGUGUUUGAAUCCGCUGU